GGCGUGUGAAGUUGAUGAUUCUGCUGUACUCAAUUGUAUUAUUCCUGCUGCUGGUCCUGCUGCUGGUGUCUGCAGUUAAAUUCUCCCAGCUAAACCAGGAGAUGUUGGGGGUGAAGCUCUUCCUCAUCUCCAUCAAUGCUUCACUGUUACACGUAGAGGAAGCACCUCCCAAAGCAGAGCAUUACACCGGUGGACUGACUAAUGGACAAGGCUCCUGUAAAGACAGCUGGGUGUCCUUCCGGAGCAGCUGUUACCAGAUCUCCAGCAAGAAGCUGUCGUGGGAAGGCGCUGAGAAGAAGUGCGUGGAGAUGGGGGCGCACCUGAUCGUCAUCAAUGAUGCGGAGGAGCAGAAGUUCAUAAGUAGAAAUGACCUUGCGGAGCAACUUUGGAUUGGGCUGGUGGAGAGAGAAAAUGAGGACAAGUGGAGCUGGGUGGAUGGCACUGACUUUACCACAACCCCAAAGUUUUGGGAUUCUGGCCAACCGGAUAACUGGUUUCAGCAGGAAGACUGUGGGCAGCUUCAUGGCAGCGGGCUGUGGAACGAUGCAGAGUGCAGCUUGUUUUAUAAGUACAUCUGUGAGAUGCCAGCCAAUUAGCCUGGCACACUGGCCUCCCUAGGACAGCACAGUGCUCAGAGGAUCCAGGAAAUUAUUUGUCUGCAUUUUUAUCCAUUGGUACUCAGAAAUUACACAGCAGACAAUCAAUUCUAAAUGAUAAAACUGUCUGUUAUUAAGAAUCAGAGGUGGAUUGUUCAGGUCCAGAAAGUACAAAUCCAGACCAAGACUUUGUUACAACCAACCAGUUGAUCAUGAGGAGUCACAGUCACAGAGUACUCAACUAGUUGGUUGAAAUAAAAUCUUGGUCUGGAUUUUUACUUUCUAGAUGUGAACUAUCCACCUCUUUUAAGAAUGACUGUGAUUCUGGAAUUUUGCUUUGUACUGUAUACUAAAAUUUAUUCUGUGUAGGGCUGUUUUUUCAUUGACUCAAGAUUAACACUUCAGCUGUUUAUUUCUGAACCUUAUUUACUAACUAGAAAUGGCUUUUGAAGAUGGAUGUCAAAUAGUUAACGCUUUCCUAUGUUUCAGUACAUUGCAAAUGAUAUCAACAGUAUUUAUACAAUGUUUGGAAAGAUUGCAAUUAAA